AUGGCGGAUAAGGUUAGCUUAGCAACAAUUAAACAGUGGAUCCCAGGCCUGACAAGUUAUCGGUUUAAGGUCGCCAGGCAGCAUGCUGCAGUCCAUGGCAGUGGAAAACUGGUGCCUACCAAUGCACAAACGAAGUCAUUCAUAUCUGAAGCAAAAUUAGCGCAUUUCCUAGACUUUAUCACAAGCUCCCAUGUAAUUCAAGAUCUUCCAUUCGGAGCCAAGACAAUAACAUUGUCAACUAACGAGGUCAUCCAAGUUCCAAAUGUGGUGCGGAACAUGAUACCUGAACGAAUCGUUUGCCAGUACCAAAAAUAUUCUGCCGAGCAUGAUUUCACACCCAUGAGUCGCAGUACACUGCUAAGAAUUCUGCAUGUUUGUGCCGCUUCGACUCGCAAGUCAUUGCAAGGGCUAGAUUACGUAAGCUGUUCUGGUGCGCAGGCAUUUGAAGAUCUUGUGAACGUUGUGCACCAGCUCGGGGAGAACGGAAUGGGUCUUACAUGGGCAAAAACACAAAAGGAAGCUUUAAAGGAGGCAAAGCGGUACCUCAAGACUGAUUUCAAGGUAAAAUAAGAAAGUGAAAAAGGGGAAUAAUUUUGUUGCGCGCCUGGCGUAGGUGUAUUAUGAAUGUUACUCGACUGCCUACUACAUGAGUACUCUCUAAUUGGCUACUGCUCGCGUCUUGUUAGGUGAAUAAGGGUGGAUUCCCACUGUCGCGUAAAUUUCACGUGCAUACACACGUAGCUUUUAGGUGCGUAAUUUAAAUAGAGGCAAUGUUGAAAAGGUCGCUUGUAAACGUAAACGUUGAGCGAGGUUUAGCCUUUACGUUUACUCGUGGCAUUCCAUACGUUGCUUCUAUUUUAUUCACACUCUUAACCCUAUUUAGACCGGGAAGGGUUUGAAGCCCCACUUCGCUUAAAAGUUGAAUAACUUCAAAACCGCUCAAGCUUUGAGCACCAAACCUAGGGACUUUUCCUAAAAAUUAUCUGGGGACAUUUUAAAGUUGUCGUGACUUGUACGUCAGCAUUGACGUUACCAUGGCAACCGAGUUUUGAGAGCCAUAUUUUCCAAAACUUGCUGUUUUACUCAUUCAAUUAUACCCUUACACUUAAUUUAGUGAUGUUUUAUCAAAUUUAUUAUACCUGUUUGUGUAAUCCGGCCUUUUUAGCGACUGAUUUGAGAACAAAACAUGAAUUUAAAAUGGCCCAGUGGCAGAUACUUGGGUUCAAUUUCUAACAGUCUUAAUUUCUCUCGGGAUUUCACAAGUUGCGUAUUUUUUUUUGUUGUUUCAUGAGCAUCCUUUUAUGAACAGAUCCGUUUUUCUAUCACGAUUACCUCCAUUUCUACGUGUUUUAAGUAAAAUUGGAUACAUUUGAAAAAUUAAAAAUGGCGGAUCCAAGAUGGCGGAUGGUUCCAGAUCCCUCUUUAACCAUAAAUGACGUCAUCAUGACGUCACUGCUAGUGUUAAAAGUCAUUUAUGUGUCAACUUACUUCUUGAUUUUGUCAGACACAUUAUGAUGUAAGUAUUUUUUGCUUUGAAGGGAAAGCUGAUGCAAUUUGGAUUCUGCCCAUAGAAUCAACAAUAUGACGUCAUAUUACGUAAUUGUGUCAAUCUAAAAAUGCCUAGACGUUGGAAAUGACGAGUACAUUGUUCUAUGACAUGUUGCUCACCAUACCAUGAGCGGUUUUGUAGUUAUAGAGGGGGGCCUCUGAGCUCCGCCUCCCGGAACCAGGAGCCCAAAAAAGCCCGGUUUGAAUAGAGUUAAUAUUUACGUGCGUGCGGCAUGCCAGUGAAGUUUACGCGAUAUGCAAAAGUGGAAGUCCACCCUAAGAUAAAAUGGGGGGGUCUGCCCAUAGAAUCAACAAUAUGACGUCAUAUUACGUAAUUGUGUCAAUCUAAAAAUGCCUAGACGUUAGAAAUGACGAGUACAUUGUUCUAUGACAUGUUGCUCACCAUACCAUGAGCGGUUUUGUAGUUAUCAAGGGGGGCCUCUGAGCUCCGCCUCCCGGAACCAGCAGCCCAAAAAAGCCCGGAUUGCAUAGAGUUAAUAUUUACGUGCGUACGGCAUGCCAGUGAAGUUUACGCGAUAUGCAAAAGUGGAAGUCCACCCUAAGAUAAAAUGGGGGGGGGGGGCGUUGUAAUACGGCAUUCAGCUUCACAAUAUUUAGGUUCUGAAAUCUUUCAGAAGAUAGCAUUACGUAGAUAUUCCUCAGAAUUGAGGAUUUGAUAAUUAUUGCGCACAUUUUAAUCACUUAGGUUCACGUAUCAGAGAGUUCAAGUAUUCCAGAUCACUGCAUCGUUUUUGCUCUCAGCGACCCUAAAGAUGUUGACUACCAGGCUACAUGUGCCCAUGAUCAUAGCGACGUUUGUGGUCAGUGUAAUUCCCUUGCCGUUACUAUAGAGGAGAUAGAGAAAGCAAUCAAGAUGAUGGCGAUGAAUCUUGAACAUCUUUCCAAAGGCCAAAUACACGAAGAGCUCGCAUUCAUGACCGAGAAAGCAAAACGUGAUAUAAUUGCCUGGAAAUCUCAUUUGUUGCGUUCGGUAAACCAAGAUAAAGCGAGAUUAGACAUCCUCCGAGACUUGGACGACACAUCAGUUCUACUUGUACAAGAUUGGGCCAUGAAGUUUAUUCCUCGAAAAUAUCGUGAAAGCCAACGCGAUUGGUUUGGGAAACGGGGUAUUCCCUGGCACGUGUCUGUCGCCAUGAGAAAGGAAAGCACAAACAAUGCUGGAAAGUACGAAACCCUUACCAUGUGCCAUGUCUUCAGAAGCUGCAGUCAAGAUAGCUGUGCGGUACUGUCCGUCAUGUCUGACGUACUCAAAGAUUUAAAGGACGUCAUGCCACACCUACAGCGAGUAUACUAUUGGCAGGACAACGCCGGGUGUUACCAUUGUGGUAACACAAUCAGCCUUGCUCACAUGGUUGGUAAACAUCACGGCGUGACUGUGAAGCGCAUGGAUUUUUGCGAUCCUCAAGGAGGAAAAGGGGCUUGCGACAGAAGGUCUGCAGCUAUAAAAUCCCACAUGAAGAUUUACCUGAAUUCUGGAAACAACAUUGAAACGUCAGACGAAAUGAAAGAAGCCAUUUUGUCAGCCGGUGGAAUGUCCUCGGUGAGGGUGACUUCGUGUGGACCCCCAAAAGCUCCAGCUUCUUUGAACAUCAAGCUUGAUGGAGUGGGUUCAAUUUCGAAUGUACAGUACGAUGACAAGGGAUUGCGAGUUUGGAGAGCAUACAGAAUUGGCAGAGGGAAAUACACUCCUUGGGAUAAGCUGAACGUCUCGGAAAAUUCGGAAGUUCCGUACUUAACGGACGUAAAUAAGGAAGGUGUCACAGCGAGUUUUGCCCCUGUAAAAUCCAAGCGUAAAGAUACUCUUCCGAGACAGGAGAGCGAGGAAGAGAGUUCCAGUGAAAACUCGAGUGACGAAACAGAAACGGAAACCUCCAACGCUCGUCUUUUUUCAUGUCCGGAAGAGGGAUGUAUCAAAUGUUACCAACGUUACUCGAAUCUGCAGCAACACCUAGACUCCGGAAAACACACACGUGCUCUCGAACGAGAAACACUGCUAGACCAAGCUGUUUAUGGAUAUGCGGAGAGACUGGAGGUUCAAGCGGUUGGCGUCCCCUGUGUGCGAAAUGUUCAGGAAGUGCCAAAACAAGUGCCACUACAGUCUACUCUCCCUAUGGGCUGGGCAUUAAGAUCAUCCCAGAACCGAAGAACACGUUUUAAUGUAAAGCAGAAAGAGUACCUAUCCACAAAGUUCAAUAUUGGUGAGACCACGGGACGCAAAGCUGACCCAGUAGUUGUUGCAAAAGAAAUGAUGCACGCCAGAGGAAAUGAUGGAGAACGCUUAUUCAGCAGCGAUGAGUUCCUUACCAGCCAACAAAUAAGCAGCUUUUUCAGUCGCCUUGCUACCAAAAAGAGUUUACUUGACAAGGAUGACACAGAAGAAAAUGACGACGAAGCCGCGGAGUUCGAGAGUUCCCUUGAGGACCUAACAAAUCAAGUACGGAGGGAAGUUUCAUUACAACAUCCAAUUGUGUUUGACUGUCAUAAUGUGUGUGACCUUGUUAAGCAAGGUAAACUGAACAAAUUUAGCAUUAAAAUGCUGAAGAGCUUGUGCAAGCACUUUGAUUUAGACGUCAGUCAUAUAACAGUCAGACUGAAGAGCCCUUACGUCGACAAACUGUCCACGUUUUGUAGCAAGUGCUCGUGUCAACAGUAA